AUGAAACAGGAGAUUGUGAUGAGGUUAAAAGGAGAGCUUGAAAAUUGCAAAAAUACAGAAGGCGAGCGCAAGCAAAAACGUGAAGAUACCGAAAAGAAACGAGUGGAGUUAAAAAAGAGAAUCUUUGCAAAUUUAGCUCAAACAAGGACGUUGUCCGCAGAAAUGGACAACUUUGGUGUUGAACGUGUCGCACUUGUAAAAAAUGACCACGAAGUGCGUGCCAAACUUGCUGAUUUCCGAGCAAGAAUUUCUGGAAUGGCAGAAAAUCGUGAGAGACUGGAGUCGAGCAUAGUAGAUCUGAGACACUCCGUGAUUGUAGAUCCGACACUUAUCUCAGGUGUGUAUGUUGAUAAUUUUAUGCUUGAAGAAGUUCAAAACAUGGCGCAAAGCAUCGCAAAUGAAGUUUGUGCGAAAAAAGACUGCUUCGAUAUGACGGCGGUUAUUGCCGAAGUUCAAGCGAUAGAGAAUCUAAGAACGCAACGGCUUGAAUUGACGGAGAAAUUGGCCGCGAAGACAGAGAUGUUAUCAGCACUCGAGGGUGACAACGGUAAAGAGGAUUAUAGGGCUUUCUUUAAAAAAUUCCUGUAAGC